AUGUAUGUUUCUUCAUCGUCAUUCUUCGUUCAGAAUUCAGCAACUUUACCCAUAUUCGGUAUUCCCAUAUUACAUAGAGAUAGAGAGGAGAUGGAGCUGAGCAAAGGUACUGAGAAAAUGGUGAAAGCUCAGGUUGGGCAGCCCCGCUUCAUACCCAAGAAAGGGAGCAUAUUUCCUCGAAAGAGAAGAUCGGUGAAGAAGAUAGUUCUUGAUUCCAUACUCAAAUCCAUUGCAAAACAUCUCUGCUGCCUUAACCACCACCCCACUUCAUCCUCUCUGGAAAUCAGUACUUCACUGCCCAAAACCCCAGCUGAGAAUUAUGCGAAGAACAGAGACGUAGAUCCUGUCAAGGGUCCGUGGAGCCCCGAGGAGGAUGAGAUGUUGCGGAAGCUAGUGCAGAGCCAGGGGGCUCGGAGCUGGUCUGUGGAGCACCGGCCCUGCACGCUAGAGGAGGACCAGAUCAUUGUUAAGGCCCACGCCAAGUACGCCAACAAGUGGGCCACCAUCGCCAGGCUGCUCAACAUCCGUACGGAAAACUCGAUCAAGAGCCACUGGAAUUCUACAUUGAAGAGGAAAUACUCAUUGAUGAGCGAUGACACCGCCGCCACCACUACAACUGCAGUUUGGUUGAAUCACCCGUUGAGAAGGCAGUAG